UUUUCAUUGUAAGCUGAUCACCGGAAUACUAACCGUAAUGGACCCUUCCAUAGUAAAGUUCUUUGAAGAAGAUGAGGACGAGUCUAUGCAUUCUGGAGCCGACGUUGAGGCGUUCCAGGCCGCCUUGAACCGAGAUAUUGAAGGCGAUGCAUCCACUUCUCAGCCACCCGAUUCAAAUGCCGUUUUGUCUCAAGGAAGCAAUCCAGCUUCCAGUCAGUCACUUGCACAAUGGCCAAUAAUGGGUCAAGAGGGGAACACCAACUUUCAAAAUCAACAAGCUGUUCAAAAGGCACAGCAACAACAGCUGCGCUCGUCUGAAAUGGAGCAAAAGCAACAGGGAGCUCUUGUUAUGGGGAGUCUACAACAGCCAAAUGAUGCUCUGCAAGGAGUAAAUCAUCUAACACCUCAACAAAAACAACCCCAAGAUCAUCGCCAACUAGUAGCUGAACAAAUUUCUGCUCAGGUUCCUCAAAUAACUGGGAUUCAGACUACUGAACGAAGUUCUAUCCCACGUGAACAGGAGAGAGCCACUAUUCAAGACAGUGAAUCACAAUAUGCAAAAUUACAGAAGAUGAGUAAUCAACAGGCCAGUGGCACGGAGCAGCCAAAUAAUCAAGUGAAUCGAGGAAAACAGGUUCCAUUUGCUGUUCUGUUGCCUUCCUUACUGCCCCAACUUGAUAAAGACAGAGCAAUGCAGCUUCACACUCUUUAUGGUAAACUAAAGAAAAAUGAAAUUGCGAAAGAUGGAUUUGUCAGGCACAUGAGAGAUAUUGUAGGGGACCAGACGUUGAGGUUGGCAGUUAAUAAGUUGCAAGUGAAGAUGAGCUCCAACCAAGUCCCACUACAGUCCCAGGUUACAGCACAGCCAAAUACUCCACGCAUGCCAUCAGUUGGUGGCGCCACACAGUUUGGUGGUCCACAUUCAUUGGCUCAGCUGCACCAAAAAGGCCCUAAUUCUCCUGCCAAUUCAUCUCAUCCUCCCCCUCUUGCGGUCCUCAUGCAGACUAAUUCAAGUUAUAUAUCCAUUGAAAACAAGGUUCAAAAAUCUCAGGAGAUGGAUCGGCAAUCCGAUUCUCGCUUUGGUGUGUUAGGAAGCCAAAAUCCUUCCUCCAGUUCAACCUCUGUGAAUCAAGAAAGAGAUUGUGCUUCAAUUCCAGUACAAGGAAUUAACAUGCAGCAGCAGCAGCCUCAACAACAACAACAUUUGAAUUUCACACAAACUUCUUUUGCUAUGUACGGGAGUAGUAAUUAUCACACAUACACUGGGUCAAACGUUAGUAAUUCAGGUUCUUGUUUAAAGCGGCAACCUCAUGAUUCACAAAUUAGUCAAAUAGCACAUAAUCAAAGCCUGGGAUCAAAUUCUGUAGGAGGACCAACCCAGGCAAUGAACAUGAUGAGUGGGCCUAAGCUUGAGAGGCAAAACUCGACUAAUGACCCAAAUAGAUUGCAGGGUGGAUCUAUGUCUCACUUUUCUAGCAGUUCAGUUUCUUGGCAACCAUCAAGUAAGGAGCUGAAUCUGGGCCCUUUGUCAACUGAGACAUACGUGAAGCAGGAAUCUGUUGAUCAAGGCGCGGGGGACCAGCAUGGACCGUAUUAUUCUGCAGCUUCAGGAUCAUUUACCUCGAUUCUUGAAGAGGGAAAUGCAGUUACGGCUACUCCCAAGGAUGAGUUUUUAGAGAAGCAGUCUUCUAGAAUUGGCUUCUCAACGCCUACUAGUGUGGUUUCUCCUUCCAUCCCGACACAAAUGGAUUCUAAUGUCCCAAAUCCACCUGUGCCUGCGAUGGCUGGGGUCAAUGCAAGAGCACCUCAAAACAAUCCCUGUGUUGGCCAGAAAAAGUUGCUUGAAGCUCUUGGUUCAUCACCACCACUUUCAAGUAAGAAGCCAAAAGUAUCUGGAGGCUUUUCAGAUCAGAGCAUUGAACAACUGAAUGAUGUAACUGUUGUCAGCGGAGUGAAUCUCAGGGAAGAGGAGGAGCAACUAUUUUCCGGCCCCAAGGAUGAGAGUCGAGUUUCAGAGGCAUCAAGAAGGAUUGUUCAAGAGGAAGAAGAAAGAGUUAUUUUGCAGAAAAUCCCUUUGCAGAAGAAAUUGGCUGAAAUUAUGGCCAAAAGUGGUUUGAAGAAUAUAAGCAAUGAUGUUGAGCGAUGCUUGUCCCUGUGUGUGGAGGAAAGAAUGCAUGGGCUGCUAUGCAAUUUAAUUAGACUAUCAAAACAGCAGGUUGAUGUUGAGAAGCCUAGACACCGGACAAUUAUCACAUCAGAUGUUCGACAGCAAAUUAUGAUGAUGAACCAGAAUGCUAGGGAAGAAUGGGAGAAAAAGCAAGCUGAGGCAGAGAAGCUGCGGAAACUUAAUGAUCCUGAUGCUGAGACUAUAGUUGACGGGGACAAGGAGAAAGAUGAUGGUCGAGUAAAAGUGGUAAAGGUAAACAAGGAGGAGGAUGACAAGAUGAGGGCCACUGCUGCAAAUGUUGCUGCACGGGCUGCAGUUGGAGGGGAUGACAUGCUGUCAAAAUGGCAACUUAUGGCUGAGCAAGCCCGCCAGAAACGCGAGGGGGGAACUGAUUCAGCAACAGGUAAAGAUGUGAACAGCAAGUCUCUGUCUGCAUCUGGAAAGCAUACAAGGGACAACCAAGAAUCGGAGAAAAGGGGUCCACUCAGUCCUCCUGCAUCUGGGUCGAGUAGGAAAUCUGGCCGGAACCAAGGUAUAUCAACCUAUACGAGUGUGGCCCGUGCCAUUUCUGUUAAGGAUGUGAUUGCUGUUCUGGAAAGAGAGCCCCAAACGUCGAAGUCUACACUGAUUUAUCGCUUAUAUGAAAAAACCGGUUCCGAGGCUGCAGCUGAGUGAUUCUGAUUCACCUUUAUACUAAGGUAUGAUGUCUCAGUGUUUUCCACAAGCUAUUUUCUACAGAUAAUGAAAUUUGAGACGUUCAUGGCUUUAUCUUCAGCUCAAU